GUAUUUGAAUCGUCGAAGGGUCGCAUUGUUCCCACUAUCAUUUGUUUUUGAACGCUUGAAGAGUUUGCGGCUAUUUUCUAAGGUUUUAAACUCCAACGAUUGCCGUCUACAGUAGUUACCAUGGACCUCCGUGCUGUUCACCGUAAUGCAGAGAACCCAGCACUACUUGGUGGCAAGGCUGGGGCUGGUAAUGUUGGUGUAAGGAGGGCUGUCCUGGGUGAACUGUCCAACUUUGCUGCCAAACCUGCAAAGACAACGAAGGGUGUUAAGUCAGCAGUUCAUCCAGCUGCUGUGCAGCCUAAACGUGUUCCAGUUGUACCAGAGGUCAUUCCUCCUGCUCCUGCUCCAGUCAUUCCACCAGUUCAGGCUGAUGUCUCCAUGAAGGAGGAAGAUGACCUGUGCCAAGCCUUUUCUGAUGUGCUCUGUCCCAUUGAGGACAUUGAUGGAGGUGAUGCAGAGAUCCCACAGUUAUGCUCUGAAUAUGUGAAGGACAUUUAUGUGUACCUUCGUAUCCUUGAGGCCCAGCAGGCAAUCCGACCAAGAUACAUGGAAGGUUAUGAGAUCAAUGAGCGCAUGCGUGCUCUUCUGAUUGACUGGCUCAUUCAGGUGCACUCAAGGUUCCAGCUGCUCCAAGAGACUUUGUACAUGACUGUAGCCAUCCUUGAUCGGUUCCUACAGGCCCAACCAGUAUCUCGAAGGAAGCUGCAGUUGGUCGGCGUCACUGCAAUGCUGCUUGCCUCCAAGUACGAAGAAAUGUAUGUCCCAGAAGUUGGAGACUUUGCUUACAUUACGGACAACGCUUUCACAAAACCCCAGAUUCGAGAAAUGGAGAUGCUGGUUCUCAGAGAGCUGAACUUUGAACUAGGACGCCCACUGCCUCUUCACUUCCUGAGGAGGGCUUCAAAAGCUGGAAAUGCUGAUGCGGAGAAACACACCCUUGCUAAAUAUUUUCUUGAGCUGACCCUGUUGGACUAUGACAUGGUUCAUUACCAUCCAUCAGAAACUGGUGCAGCUGCCCUGUGUCUUGCUCAGCUUGUGCUUGAUGGGCAGAAAUGGUCUCCUACACAGGAAUACUACACCACCUACAGUGAGGCCCAUCUGAAGCCCAUAAUGAAACACAUGGCCAAAAAUGUGGUCAAGAUUAAUGAGGGACUCACUAAAUAUGUGGCUGUGAAGAAAAAGUACUCAAGCAGUAGGCUAAUGAAGGUCAGCCUGCUUCCUCAGCUGAAGUCUGCACUCAUGAAGGACAUCGCUGCCCCUAUGCUCACCUCUUGAGUGUUUCACAGAUAAUCAACACUGCCAAUCUGCACUUUAUUCCUGAUCAGCCAUUGGAAAUGGACUGCUGCUUUAAGGAUCCUUUGUGUAUAUAUGUGCAAAUAAACGACAGGAUUUUUACCUUUUUAUGAACAUGUACCACUUACAAUUCAAGUUCAUUCUUUUAACUAAUUUUACUGUUGCAUUUUGACGUUUUUUUUUAGAUGUUCUUGAGCUGAAUUUUCUUAAGAGUUGAUGGAACAUUUCAAUAAAAGUCCAAAUAUGUUUGAA